CUUCAAAGUAAAAGCCUACGCGUGCGCAGCCUUAGCGGAGGAGGUAGGCUGGGAAAUAAAGUGUGGGUUUAGCACCUCCCCGAUCUUCCCUUCCCUCCCUGCUUGGCCGCGGCGCGGAGAUCAGCACCAGCUAUGGCGGCGGAAGGAGGAGCAGCAGCUGUAGUGGAAGCGGCAUCCGCCGGCCAAUUCCACGAUGUGCUGCAGCAGCCGGGCAGGUGUUUAGUGGUGGUUCAUUUUUGGGCGCCAUGGGCUCCGCAGUGUGUUCAAAUGAACAGUGUCAUGGCUGAACUAGCAAAGGAGCACCCACAGGUUACAUUUGUGAAACUGGAAGCUGAAGCGGUUCCUGAAGUGUCUGAAAAAUAUGAAAUUACUUCAGUUCCAACAUUCUUGUUUUUUAAGAAUUUGCAAAAAAUUGACCGAUUAGAUGGCGCUCAUGCACCAGAACUGACCAAAAAAGUUCAGCGUCACGCAUCUAGCUUGACUAUUCCUCCUGGUUCUAAUGACAAUGUUAAAGAAGACCUAAGUGUACGACUCAAGAAACUGAUCAGUGCUGCCCCCUGCAUGCUGUUUAUGAAGGGAACGCCUCAGGAACCUCGUUGUGGCUUCAGCAGACAAAUAGUGGAGAUUCUUAACAAACAUAACAUUGUGUUUAGCAGCUUCGAUAUAUUUUCUGAUGAAGAAGUACGUCAAGGCCUGAAAACCUACUCCAACUGGCCUACUUAUCCACAGUUAUAUGUAGCAGGGGAACUUAUAGGUGGACUGGAUAUUGUCAAGGAACUUGAGGCUUCUGGAGAACUGGAUACAAUCUGCCCCAAGGCACACAAAUCAGAGGACAGUCUUAAAGACCUGAUCAACAAAGCUUCUGUGAUGCUAUUUAUGAAAGGAAAUAAAAAGAUGGCAAAGUGUGGAUUCAGCAAGCAAAUUAUAGAAAUUCUAAACAAUACUGGUGUUGAAUAUGAGACUUUUGAUAUAUUGGAGGAUGAAGAGGUGCGGCAAGGAUUAAAAAAGUAUUCAAACUGGCCAACCUACCCCCAGUUGUAUGUGAAAGGGGACCUUGUUGGAGGCCUGGAUAUUGUUAAGGAGCUAAAAGAAAAUGGUGAAUUGAUGUCUGUCCUGAAAGGAGAAAAUUAAUGUACCACAUGGACACGUUAAUGAAGACCAUUGGAAUAUAAAAAGUAUGGUUAAUCGCAGUGGAAUGAUUCAUGACUUGCUGGAAGGAAUAGAAUGCAGGUUUCUGACUUCCUGCUAAUGCUUAUAAGACCAUGCUACAGGUGUAUGUAAAUGUAGGUUUUCACCUCAAAUGUAAAGUUGUAAGCAUCUUCAAAUUGAAUUAAAGUUGGAAUUCAACAA